AUGGUGUGCGCCGGCGCAAGGGCGGUUGGGCUCCUCAAGUUUGUGGGCACCGUGUCCCUCGGCCUGCUGACGGGCGUCUCUUACACCGUCUCAACCCUCACGCUGCCGAGCCUCCUCCAGCUGUCCUCGUCCGUCUCCGCGUCCCAAGCCGUGACGUCGCUACGGAACAGCCUGAAAACGCCCAUCUACGCCCUCACGGCCCUCGCCUCGGCCCCUCUCUUCCUCUCCUUCGUCCUCUCUCCUCGCUCCGCCCGCCACCCGUACCUCGUCUACACCUCGCUCCUCGCCGUUCUCUCCACGGCUGCGCCUCGUCUUCUACCCAGCCCUGGGCCGCGUGCCGCCACCAAGCCAGCCGCCAAGAAAGCAUCUGCUCGCGGCAGGAUGGAGGCGAGCUACGAGGUUCUUGGCGAUGUGCACAGCGAGGCCGCGAGCGAGGAAGAGAUUGACGACAUGAAUGGUGAGGAGGUCAGGGUCGAGGUGGAGAGUCUUGCCAGGGGCUACGUGGUCCGGACGGGCCUUGCGGCGCUUGGAUUUGCCAUGGCUGUUGUGGGCAUCUGGGGGGACGGUGCGCCCCAACCCACGUCGUACGUGUCGUGA